UGUAACUCCAACAGUGUAACUGUUCCUGAGACCCAGGAGGUCAGAAGUCAGAGCAAGCCCCCAGCGACCCCCACGACCUUCAACCCCACGACCUCCAGGACGUUCCCCGGGCUCCCCCAGCAGAGGGCAGCAUUGAAGCCGCUCUCCACCUCAGUGAAGCUCCGCCCCCCUGCCUCCCAGAACAAGCCGAAGCCUCACCAGUUCCGCUGGAAGACGUUUCCCAGUCCGAUGAAGUGCCAGCGCUGCACCUCGCUGAUGGUUGGACUGGUGCGGCAGGGAUACCAGUGCGAAGCGUGCAGCUUCGCGUGUCAUGUGACCUGCGCCUCUAACGCCACGAUCUGCCCCACGCCCCCCCCGACCAGGUCAAGAAAUCCAUGGGGGUGGAUCCAGUGAGGGGGCACCGGGACUGCCUUCGAGGGGCAACUGAGCGUCCCCAGGCCCGCGGGUGUGAAGAAGGGCUGGCAGCGAGCCUUCGCUGUGGUCAGUGACUUCAAGCUCUUCCUGUUUGACCUCCAAGAGAGUCGAGCCGCCCAGCCGAGCAACGGAGCCGCCCAGGUCAUCGAUAUGAGGGACCCUCAGUUUUCGGUGAGCUCUGUCUUCGCCUCUGAUGUCAUUCACGCCAACAAGAAGGACGUCCCCUGCAUCUUCAGAGUCACUGCCUCCCAGCUCUCCGCCCCCAGCACCAAGCUCUCUGUGCUCCUAUUGGCUGACAGUGAGAGUGAGAAGGGACGCUGGGAGGCAGUGCUUAACGAGCUGCACCGCCUCCUUGUCAAGCACCAGCUCCCUGAUAGGUCCGUCUACCUGCCCAAAGAGGCCUACGACCCCGCCCUCCCCCUCAUCCGCAACGCCCAAUCGGCUGCCAUCGUCGAUCACGAACGUAUUGCUUUGGGGACCGAGGAGGGUCUGUACCUCAUCCAGGUCACGAACAACGUGAUCCUGCAGCUGGGGGACUGUAAGAAGGUCACUCAGAUGCAGGUUGUUCCGGAGGCCCGUGUCCUGGCCGUGGUUUCGGGUCGGAACCGCUCCCUGCGGCUCUACUCCUGGGAGGACCUGCAGAACCCAGAAUGCAGCGGAACCAAGAUCCAGGAGAGCCGCGGGGUGCAGGCGCUGGGGAGCGGCCGGCUGUGUGGGGGGGGCCAGCCAUGCCUGUACAUCGGGAUCAAGAGACAGGUUUCCUGUUACUCUCUCACUCCCGGGAAGUCUGGCUAUCAGAAGCUGUGUGAGUUCCAGGCUCCAGGCUCAGUGCAGUGGCUGGGGGUGUUUGGGGAGCGGGUGUGCGUGGGGUACCCCGGUGGUUUCACGCUGUACCCCGUGGGGAGCGAGUCCGGGGGCGCGGAGGGGGACCCCCCCGUGUUCCUGCUGAGCCCGGACGACCCCUCGCUGCAGUUCCUGAGCCAGCCCCCCCUGGUGGACGCGCUGUGCGCGGUGGAGGUCGCGCGCGAUGAGCUGCUGCUGUGCUUCAGCUGCCUGGGCAUCUACGUGGACUGCCAGGGGCGCAGGGCCAGGGGCAGGGAGCUCAUGUGGCCGAGCAGCCCCUCCGCCUGCUGUUACAGCGCCCCCUACCUGUCUGUGUACAGUGAGAACGCAGUCGAUGUGUUUGAUGUGAAGACGAUGGACUGGGUGCAGACUGUGCCCCUGAGGAAGGUGCGCUCUCUGAACUCAGACGGGAUGCUCAGUGUCUUUGGCAGUGAGACGGUGAGGCUGAUGUACCUGAGUAACAAGCUGACCGGCCGGGAUGAGUUUUCCGUUCCGGAGACGAAGGAGAACAGCGGGAGGCAGCUGCUGAGGAGCAAGACCAAGAAGUGGUUCAACUUCCGGAUCUCCGACGAGGAGAGGCAGCAGCAACGCAGGAACAUGCUCCGGGACCCCUCCAUGCGUUCCAAGCUCAUCUCGAACCCCACCAACUUCAGCCACCUGGUUCACGUGGGGCCGGGGGUGGGGGUGCCUGGCCUGAAGGGUGACCCCCGUGACCCCAGCGACUCCAGUGUGACCCCCAUGUCCCGCCCCCGCAGCGCCACUGAGUCGGGGCGCCCCCUGUCUGCAGAGAGCGAGCGCUACAUGAAGGAGCUGCACGCUAAGCGUCAGUCCCGUGUCUCGCUGGCUGAAGAGCUGCUCCCGUCCCCACAGGGUCUCUUCACUGAGGGGGGCAUGCUGUCUGAGAUCUCUGAUCAGACUCGACACCUCCGAGCCGAGCCCCCCAGGGAAUAACCCGGAACCACGCCGGGUGUAGAACCCAACUCAGGACCACCACCGGGACCUAGAACCCCAAACCAGGACCGCCGCUCUAGAACCCUCCCCUGGACCACUGCCGGAUCAAGACCACUACUCUAGAAACCCCACCCUGAUCCAGAUCGCCUCUAGAACACAAACCACCCCAGAUAGCACUUGAUCUUAAAUCCGCCAUGGAGCUGCUGGCUCCUCUAGAACCCCCCCCCCCCCCCGCACACAGCCCAGCCCGGAACCGGAACCGGCACCCCCCUCGGUUCUACUGAAAGCCAAAUGUGUGUCUUUUUAAUUUAUUUUUUUAAUGGCGAUGUGCAAUCAAAGCAAUGUGUUCUUUAGUGUAUUAUUAUUAUUUUUACUAAAGACGAGGUCACAAAAAGUGAGAUUAUAUUUCACAUUUUAUUAGAAUUUUUUAGUUGGUUAUUUUAAAAUCCGGGUUUCACAUCCCCUUUAAGAGAAAAUGUCUUUCCCUUUAAGAGCUCGGUGAUUUAUUAUUUUUUUUACAUGAAUAUAUAUAUUAAGAUAGAUUUUAAUUUGAAUGUUUUUGUAAAACCCAGGAACUAAGCAGUUAAAGGGAUUCAUGUUAAUGCUUGCAUGGCAUUUUCAAGGGAGGCGGUUUUAGCCUCAAUCUCAGGUUUCAGCCUCCUCCUGUGUUACAGCUGCAUGUGUUUUUUUUGUUUUGUGAAAAAUGCUGUUAUUAUUAGUUUAAUUUUCGUUCAUUUUUUUGUUUAUUUCAUUCAGGGUUUUAAAAAAAAAACUAUUACAGGGAGAUGGAAAGCAAGGAACAUAUAUCAGUUUCUAAUAUGGAAUGUAUAUUACUGUAAAACCAGAACUCCUGGAUAAGCACGGAGCAGAGGGAGGCUGUUCAGAGAGUGGAAGAGCCUCCCUUUCUCUUUCUCCCUCUCUGUCUGCUCCACCAGCACGGAGCAGAGGGAGGCUGUUCAGAGAGUGGAAGAGCCUCCCUUUAUCUCUCUCUCUGUCUGCUCCACCAGCACGGAGCAGAGGGAGGCUGUUCAGAGAGUGGAAGAGCCUCCCUUUAUCCCUCUCUCUGUCUGCUCCACCAGCACGGAGCAGAGGGAGGCUGUUCAGAGAGUGGAAGAGCCUCCCUUUCUCUUUCUCUGUUCCACCAGCACGGAGCAGAGGGAGGAUGUUCAGAGAGUGGAAGAGCCUCCCUUUCUCAUUCUCUCUGUCUGCUCCACCAGCACGGAGCAGAGGGAGGCUGUUCAGAGAGUAUAAGAGCCUCCUGUUCUCAUUCUCUCUGUUCCACCAGCACGGAGCAGAGGGAGGCUGUUCAGAGAGUAAGAGCCUCCCUUUCUCAUUCUCUCUGUCUACUCCACCAGCACGGAGCAGAGGGAGGCUGUUCAGAGAGUAUAAGAGCCUCCCUUUAUCUCUCUCUCUGUCUGCUCCACCAGCACGGAGCAGAGGGAGGCUGUUCAGAGAGUGGAAGAGCCUCCCUUUCUCUUUCUCUGCUCCACCAGCACGGAGCAGAGGGAGGCUGUUCAGAGAGUGGAAGAGCCUCCCUUUCUCUUUCUCUGCUCCACCAGCACGGAACAGCAGAGGGAGGCUGUUCAGAGAGUGGAAGAGCUGGAUAACUACUUAGACUCUAUAAAGAGUGAAAAUGAUUCAAUUGUACAGAUAUUGAAUAUUUUUUUUACAUUUGUAGGUCUUGAUUUUCUGCUAAGUUUGACAGAUACAGGAGCAGAUAGGUUUUGUUCAGGUUCAAAGUGCUGUUUUUUAUUUUUUAACAGUGUAAUGUAUGGUGAUGCUCAACACAGGCUUGUGGUGUUGUUUUAAGCAGGGGCCAAAGUUUAAAUGAUUAUUCAGUAACAGCUUCGAGCUGGCUUGCUGACUCUGUAAGCAUCGUGCCUGUGUGUCUGGCAGAGACUGUGUAAUUAUCAGAGUUCUGCCAAUGCCUUAUUGUGAGCGCCAUCAAGAAGUAUUGAAUGAAUAUGCAAUGAUCCAGCAUGAGACACGACUCAGUGUGUGAGAAACAUGACCUCAGAGACACACAGAACUGCAGCUGAUGAGCACGUGUGUUUAUGAAGGGUAAGACGAGGUGUUACUAAGGGAUGAGUCGUGGAUCGGGGAGAGGGACGCCCCCACACCCUGGAAUACGAAGGAGGGAGGUGUGCAAGAAUGUGAUUGGAAGGGAAUCGCAGUGCAUGCGAGAAUGUAUAGUGUCAUGUGUUUGUGGUUUGUUUUCUAAAUACAAAAUAAUGUUUGGUUUGUUUUUGGGUGUUUCAGUUUAUGGCGGAAUUAUAUGUGUGUGUUGUUGGGUGAAUGAGGGAAGCGAGGGGUGUUAUGGAAAAUGUUGGGAAUAAAAUAAAAUGAGGCAAAGAAUUUGUGGUG